UCCAGUAGGACUCAGGUCAAGCUAAGGAGUCCCUUAAACUUUGCUAUAUUUAUAAAGGCAGCAUGGAUGUCUUCAAGAAAGGCUUCUCUAUGGCUAAGGAAGGUGUGGUGGCAGCUGCAGAGAAAACCAAGCAGGGUGUGACAGAGGCUGCAGAGAAGACCAAAGAGGGGGUCAUGUAUGUAGGAUCCAAAACUAAGGAGGGUGUGGUUCAAAGUGUCAACACAGUUGCUGAAAAAACCAAAGAACAGGCCAGUGUGGUGGGUGGAGCAGUGGUAACCGGUGUAAACCAAGUGGCAUCAAAGACUGUAGAAGGAGCCGAAAAUGUCGUAACUUCAGCCGGCAUUGUAAAAAAGGAGGACUUAGCACGCCCAGAAGAAGCUGCUGCAGAAGAGCCAGCUGUGGAGGCCACAGAAGAAACUGAGAAGGCUGGUGAUGCAGAGAAUUAGUCAUUUAAUCUUAAAUGCUGCCAAACUCUUAGAAGAUCUAUCGCUAAUACGAUGCAGGAAACCAUUGAUUCCACAACUGAACAUCCCCAACCAUCCAUCGCACUGUUUAUCAUGAAGAUUUACAAAUUUGCCUUUUUCUGAUAGAUUGAUUCAUUUAAAGUAGUAUCAUAGCAGUUGUGUGAAAAUGUUUGCAAACCUUUUGGGAUAUGGUUUUCAUGAUUAAAACUUAAAAUGUCAACUAAGUCAUAUAAUCUUUAAUGACAACAUUAAACAGUCCCAUAAUUGUAUUAAGCAAGUAAAUACAAGAAUUAAAGGGGUUGUCCAUCCUAGGAGCUGACAACCCAAAUGUGUAUAAGUUGUACCUCAUUAUAAAAAACAACAACAUUUAUCUGUCUCUCCAUGCCCCUGCCCAAUUCCCGCAUGCUAUUGGUCACUGCAGAAACAAUAAUUGGCAUGUACAUGUGACCACUGUGGUGAUUCACAGGCCUCAGUGGUCACAUCUGUUACACAAUAUAACACUGAUGUGACCAGAAGUUGCCAGGGACGGGUCACUGGGGUUUUCAGCUCUAAGCUCGGAAAACCAUUUUAGGUCAUUGUCAGUAUAACAUGUAUGUAAACAAUUUAGCAAGCAGUGGAACCUCAUGCCACCAUUGGUCUGUUCUUUCAAUGUGGCAAAUUAACAAUAACAAAUAAUAUCAAUUGCAAGAGAUUCCUGCAUAUUGCUUGCUAGGUAAUUAUGUAAGGAAUAUACAGCUCACUCCUAUUAGAUCUUUGUAGGACACUUACUCCUAGUGAGCAGAGAUGAUUCAUUUCUUACAUCUGAUCAUACUCCGAAAGAUAAGUGUCCCAUUAAGUUAUUGUCUGACCCUUUAAACAUGCCUUAUCAAGCAAACUAGAGUCACCAGAGUCACCCACUGUGCCAGAGUUGUUACUUCUCAUCAGUCCAGAGUAGGGUGCAGUUUGGCUAUGUGAAAUAAUGUGUAUACAGACUCUUGGUAGGUACUAAAUUCUCUUUGAGAAGAUCAGGUACUAGUAUGUUUUAAAGAUGUUUUCCAAUCACAAAUAUCACGCCAAUGUUUCUGGUACAUUGGAUACAAAAUUUCAUUUGAAAGGGUAAUUUUUUUCAAAAAAUUCUUACUUUUUAAUUGUGUCAGUAUGAAUAUUGAAUGUACUUACAUCCAGCACGUGCCUGCAAAAUGUGGGCGGCCUGUGUGCUGCUGGACUGUGCCCACAGCUGAAGUAAACUAUUGGAACGAUUCUUGGUAGAAAGAAAUUCACAUUUUUUUUAAGACAUGCGUUAAAGCAGAGUUGGUUGAGAUAGUAGGCAGACUACAGAAUGCAAAGUGUAGAAUAGUGGAAUGGGACAUUUUCCACAACUAAUAGAUUUUUAUACAAGGAUGACAAAGGGAUACCAUUAACAGCACUUAAAGGCCUCAAUCUGCUGCAGUACAUACAUAUCAAAGGUUCACAUACAUGAGGACAUCAGUACAUUAUUAUUCCUAUACAGGAUGAUAUCAAUGUUACAGUAGAUUACUUGAGAGUUCUUUUUUCUAACAAGUUAUUUCUCCCUAAGUUAUUUGAUUCAGAAAGGAAAACUGGUAAAAAACGUACUUUGACCGCUUUUUCCGGCGCUUGCUUGGAAUGAUUCAGACCCAAAUCAUCGGACAGAUAAGGGAUUAACUUUUAUUUGCAGGGUAGUCAACGCGUUUUGAGGGCUGGAUUGUCCUCUUCAUCAGGACUGUAUACACUGAGGGGAAUUAAAGCACAUUUAAAACACACUUAAAAUGGGAGUUUUUG